CCUCCCCUCCCGGCGGCGGCUCGGGAGCCGGGCGCGGCAGGCGGCGGCCCCGGGCGGGACCAUGGCGGACGGCGUGGACCACAUCGACAUCUACGCCGAUGUGGGCGAGGAGUUCAACCAGGAGGCUGAAUAUGGUGGACAUGAUCAGAUUGAUUUAUAUGAUGAUGUAAUUUCUCCAUCUGCAAAUAAUGGAGAUGCCCCAGAGGAUCGUGAUUACAUGGAUUCUCUCCCACCAUCGGUUGGGGAUGAUGUAGGUAAAGGAGCUGCACCAAAUGUUGUCUAUACAUAUACUGGAAAGAGAAUUGCCUUGUACAUUGGAAAUCUUACUUGGUGGACAACAGAUGAAGACUUAACUGAAGCAGUUCAUUCAUUGGGGGUAAAUGAUAUUUUGGAGAUAAAAUUUUUUGAAAAUCGUGCUAAUGGCCAGUCUAAAGGGUUUGCCCUUGUGGGUGUGGGAUCAGAAGCAUCCUCCAAAAAGUUGAUGGAUUUGUUGCCUAAAAGAGAAUUGCACGGGCAGAAUCCUGUUGUAACUCCGUGUAAUAAACAAUUUCUGAGUCAAUUUGAAAUGCAGUCAAGGAAAACCACACAAUCUGGCCAGAUGUCUGGGGAAGGUAAAGCUGGUCCCCCAGGAGGAAGCUCACGAGCAGCAUUUCCACCUAGUAAUAGAGGUCGAGGCCGUUUUCCAGGUGCCAUUCCAGGUGGAGACAGAUUCCCUGGACCAGCAGGGCCAGGAGGGCCACCACCACCUUUCCCAGCUGGACAAACUCCCCCACGUCCACCUUUAGGUCCUCCUGGCCCACCAGGCCCACCAGGCCCUCCGCCUCCUGGUCAGGUCCUCCCACCUCCGUUAGCUGGACCUCCUAAUCGUGGUGACCGUCCACCACCACCAGUUCUGUUUCCAGGACAGCCUUUUGGUCAGCCUCCACUUGGGCCACUUCCUCCAGGCCCUCCACCACCAGUUCCAGGCUAUGGGCCACCACCAGGUCCACCACCACCUCAGCAGGGUCCACCUCCACCUCCGGGUCCAUUUCCCCCUCGUCCACCUGGCCCUCUUGGGCCACCCCUGACUCUUGCUCCUCCUCCACAUCUCCCUGGGCCACCUCCAGGUGCUCCACCACCGGCACCACAUGUGAAUCCAGCUUUCUUCCCCCCACCUGCCAAUAGUGGCAUACCUACUUCAGACAGUCGUGGCCCACCUCCGACAGAUCCAUAUGGCCGACCUCCACCAUAUGACAGAGGUGACUAUGGGCCACCUGGAAGGCGUUUCACUGGAAAUAACAUGUCCAUAAGAGAAAAAUUACAUAUUCCAUUCUAUGGGAGGCACACGAAAAAUAAUACUCAAAACUCAGGGAGAGAAAUGGAUGCUGCAAGGACACCUCUAAGUGAAGCAGAAUUUGAAGAAAUCAUGAAUAGAAAUAGGGCGAUCUCAAGCAGUGCCAUUUCGAGAGCUGUAUCAGAUGCCAGUGCUGGGGACUAUGGAAGUGCUAUAGAGACCUUGGUAACUGCAAUUUCCUUAAUCAAACAGUCCAAAGUAUCUGCAGAUGAUCGCUGUAAAGUACUUAUUAGCUCUCUUCAGGACUGCCUUCAUGGAAUUGAGUCCAAGUCUUAUGGUUCUGGAUCCAGAAGACGUGAACGAUCCAGAGAGAGGGACCACAGUAGGUCACGAGAAAAAAGUAGGCGCCACAAAUCACGUAGUAGAGAUCGUCAUGAUGACUAUUACCGGGAAAGAAGCCGUGAAAGAGAGAGGCAUCGUGAUCGUGACAGAGAUCGUGACAGAGAACGAGACAGAGAGAGAGAAUAUCGUCACCGUUAAAGCUGAAGGAAGAGGAACAGCGUGCAAGACAAGAUACAUUCUUCAAGGAAAGAUGCUUGUCCAGCAGUUUGCUUCAUGUGAUUGAACUGAGCCUGUAAGGAUUCAUGGAUAAAAUGAACAGGAAUAGAUCUGAAUAAAGCAAAUCUGCAUACAUGGUAACCAGUAGCUCUUUUACUUUUUUAUGUUGCUUAACUGUUUUAUUUGAGGGAAACCUGUGUGAUUUAAACCUUUAGCUUUUGCAACUUUAUUACUGGUUAUAUACAUUUGGCAAUUAUAAUGUGCAAGCAAUUGGAAAAAGUCAAGUAAAUGCUUGUUUUUAUAGUAGUUUGUUCAUGUUAAACUGUUCAUAUGAUAAUGUCUGUACACAGCACCACUGAUUACAGUAGAUGUAGUGUUGUAAUAAACUGUUUAAUGGGGCUGAUGUGUAAAGCUGUUCAAGUUAUUUGAUGUUUACACCUCAGGGAAAGUCUUGUGUUCAGCAAUAUUUAAAGAUAAUGUUACAACGGAAACAUUGAUGCUGUCUUCAAAAACAUUGCAAUAGUUCUUGCAUAUGCCUCAACCUAAUCUUGCAUUCAGCAAGUUAAACGUACUAAUGUUGCGCUCUCACACUCAAUUUUGAUAUGAAAAUAGGUGGUUACAUUAAACCUUUAAUACUAUUUUGCUUUCUAGCAGUGUUUACCUGGGUGGCUUGUGAAUUUGCUAAUUGACACAUAAAACUGUAAAAACUGCAGCACUCUGUGGUUAGUUGUUUUGAGGAGAGAUGGUCCCAAGUCUGUGAUUUUUAGCACACUGAAAAUUUUAUCUUUCAUACAGCCUUGAUCCUGAUUGACACUAAAGUUGAUAUAAACUUAAACUGUUCAUGUGAACUUAAACUGCCCAUAAUAAGGGGUAGAAAGGUUAGGUUUAAAAAAACAAAACAAAACCCUGCAGUUGUUUACAGUUUUAUAGUAAUAGUGCUUGUGUGUGUUCCCUCUCUACCCCCAAGGCCGUAGCAGUCUGUACAUAGUUGUAUAUUAGAAAUGUGCCAGAAGAAACAAGAUGUUACCAUUUUUAUGACUUUAUGGGUUUGGUAUUUUCUUAACACUUUGGGGUUUAUUCACACAUGCAUAUAAAAGAGAAGGUACACUUGUAUGUCCUUGAUCACCGAUGGGCAAUAUUGAAAUAUCUUAGCAAAAAAUGACGCAGAUUAAAUUUGUCAGAUGAGGUUUUGUAAAUUUACUUAAAAACAAAUUAAUGGAGCAUUCAGUGAAAGCUGGCUUCAAAUUCAAGAAUUUGUUUUAAAUUUCAUCAGGUGUGAAAUGCAAGUGAAUAGGAAGUUCGUAUAAGCUGCAAAAGCUUAGUUUCUGGCAGCCUUGUGCAAAGGCUCGCUUUUAGUCUAUUGUAAAUUGUUAUGUAAUGGACAUACUCUGGAGUUUUCACAUAUUCAAAUAGUUGCACUUAAUGUUUUAAGUUAAGUUUCAAGACCUCAGAUGGCUUUAAGAGGCAACCCUUAGAAAACUCUUGAUUUCUUUUUUUACCAAUUUUGAAGAUUUUACAGCCAACCUAAAACGUUACCCUGUUCAGGAAAGCACUUAAAUCCAUUUGAUUUUCCAGAGCAUAUCAAGCACGUGCUUACAUUCCAUAGAUUUCAAGGAAUGUAAAUAUAUGCUUUAAGUUAUCUUAUUUGCAUACAUGAAUGAUUUUUAUGCUUUGAGUUGAGACCAGUAGCUUGUGCAACUGCCCAAGUUUUGCAGAAGUUUGAAAUGCUCUGAUAUUUUUGGCACCUACUAUUCAACCAGGUUUCCUGCAGCCAGGUUGAUGCUGUUGGACUUGGCUACAGCUUCAGACUCUGUUUUUUUUUUUCUCCUUAAAUUGUGUACCUCAGUUCCUCAUGCAUGGGAUCACUGAUGUUUAUUGAACUAUUUGCUACUGAGAAGAUAUUUGACAUGUUUGUUUAAUCCUGUUUGAAAAUGAAAACUGCCUUUAAAAAUUUUGUAAAACUGAAAGCUGUGUCAAACAAGUCAUGAAUCACUUCCUGCUUUUUUUGUGAGUAGGUGUUGGUUACAAACAGUACUGUUGUAACUUUUUUUUCUUUACUUAAAAACAUUGUUUACUACUGUGUGUAAUAAGUUUAAGGAAGAAAUAACCUGCCUGUAGCUGUUACAUGGGGAAUAGCUAAUACUGGAAAGGCAGCAGGUAAGUAAUGUUCCAUUGAGUAGAUAUAUUAAAUUUUAAAAUAAAAAAGUAACUUUACAAGCAUUUUAUGCAGGAAUUGAUAUUUACUCCACACUGAAAUAGUUUUAAGGAGACUGUUGCUCUUUUUACAUAGAGUGUAAUUUCUCACUCACAUACGGAUUACCAUUGCUGGCAAUGGACAUAGCAGGGAGGGAAUAGCAGGGGGUAAAUAACAUAAGUUAAACUGAAUAAUCAUUGUGACUUGAGAGAUGAGAUCCCUGUAUGAAGCCCAUUAUUUCUGCCUGUUCUCCAAAUACUUAAUUUUAACUGAUACAUGUACCAUGUUGCAAUUUAGAUAAUAUUCUCUUGAGUGAGUGUCCUUUGUUAGAUUUUUUUUUUUAUAAAACAAAAAAGAAAUGUACAGAAAAAAAUCCAAAGACCCUGAUAGACACCAAAAAGGAAUAUGCGUGAUGUACAUCAUGUAUAACUGGAUCUGUAGUAGAAUUUUUACCAAGUUUUGGUUUAUUAAAUGUUCAUGGCGAUUUCCUGUACCUGCUCAGGAGAUGGCAGUUUAGAAAAUAAUUGACUGGUGAUGAUGCCAUGAUGGCUACUGCUCUUCUCUUUGAUAUUCAUUCAGUUCUAAUUCAUCUCCUUUUGCUGAUGAAAGGAUGAAAUAGUCUGUGAGGAAAUACUUUAUUUCUUUCAAAUGUUGAUUUUAUAAGUAACAUUGAAAAUAUUAUGUUAAGGCUGUGUCCUUUAUCUUGAAAGACAAAACCAACAAGUAGUGACUUAGGAGUGGUGGUGCUUUAGCAACAGUUGUUGUUCUAUUGGUGAUUUGUUUUUUAGAUGUAGAGAGUGAUUUUUUUUAAAGUAAAAUUUUUAUUGGACUAUAGGUUUUGACAGGUCAAAAGUACUUCAGAAGAAGAACAUAGCGUUUUGGAAACUGUACAGUCUUUUUUCCUCAUUCCCUUUUUGCUUUCUGUGCCAAUAACUUUUGUUCUGAUUACAUUUUGAAAAAUGUUUGUCAGAACUUCAAAUUUUUAUUUACAGUGUGGCUUAUAAGCUUAGAUAGCUGUUGUUUUUGUGUUAAACAAGAUAUUUUUAUUAAAUUUAGACAUUAGCUUUUUUUUUUGUGGACCGAGUGUGUUCUGGUUUUGUUCCUCUGAAAUUGGUGAGGCUUAAUUUUUCUAACUGUAUUUUUUUACCUGAUUGUUUAGUUGCAUACCCAAACCCUUGUAAAUGUUUUCCUAGUUGUAUGUGGAUAACUGGAGAUUUAAAUGUUGUAUAUACUUGUCGUCUGUGUUUCUAGUAAAAUACAUGGCAUUCUUUAUAGAAAUACUUAAUUCCUGAUUUUCUUUUCUUAUCCACUUGCUCUCUUGUGUACAGUUAAAUAGACUUUGCUCCUAUUUUUACUUAUAGAAUUUUAUACAUAGCCUGUUAAAAUUGUCUUUGGUUCUUGUGUAAACUGAGAUACAGCCUUAAAUUUCCUAAUACAACACUUGUUAAGAUACUGUCAGUCAUGUAGAUUCAAAUAUAAAACAUGCAUGUUUAGGACUGGUACUCUUCAAAGAUCCAAGACACUAAAUUGCUUCUACAUUGAAAUAUAAGCCUUUCAAGAUGUUAGGGAAGGAAAGUAUGAGUCAGUGUCCCCAUACUUGAAGAAAUUUCAAUUCUUUCCAAAAUAACAAUUUUGACGUAGGAAAGAAGCAACGUGGAUUCACCUAGUAUUUAAAUUAUUUUGGUAAUUGACUGCACAGGUCUUGAACUUAAUGGUUGCAGCAUGCUAUUGAAUCAUGAUGUUUAUGCGGAAAUAGUGUCUCUUGCAAUUAUGAUGCCUUGCAAUUAAUAUUUCAGACUGAUUUCGAGUGGGUGGGGGUGUUGAGGUGGUUUUUUGGUUUUGUAGUUGUUUCCCUUUCCUUCUCUCUACCCCCUGCCCGCCCAUUAAGGUCUGAUAUCCCAUUUUUAGAUUAAUUUUCGUUUUAGAGGAUAAAUUUACUGAGGACAAGUUUGGAGCAUAGUUCAUCAGUUUGAUGUUCUUGGGGGAUUUGUCUUCCCCCAUGUUGGACAAAGUACAAUAAAGCUCCUUGUUGUAUUUGUAUAUGAUAAGCUUGUUAGUUCCUGAACCCAUCCUAUAGCCCAGUGAUUGCAGUGGGUUCUAGGUUCUGGUAUGACCUAUGCCUGUGCUUAAAUCUUUUAAAACUUCUUUGGAAAUACACUAAUUUUACUGAAGUCUAUUGAAAAUAGUAAACAGUAUACCUUUGAUCCCAAUGGAAUGGAGCAUUUAAGUUGUAAAAAUUCCCAUCUAUUUAUACCGUGUAAUGUGAUUUUUACAUGAUUUCAGUAUACACUUUCGAGUAUAUUCAACUAAUAGACUUCAGCCUCACCGUCUUGUACACAAUAUUUUGUAAUAGAAAAUAUUUUAAACUGUGCAUAUUAUUCUUACAUUAUGAAACAGACAUUCCCUUGAUCUUCAAAUGUAAGAAAAUGAGGAAUGUGUGUGCUUUUAUAAAUACAAGUGAUUGCAAAUUCAGUUUCCUUACUACUGCAGUUGUCCUUUUUUAAAAUAAUAAAGAAAGGGGGAAAAAAAGCCAAAUGUUUUAAAGGUGAAAUACAUUCCUAUUUGGUAAACCUUAGCAGUUUUAUGACUAUUAUCAGCACUGCUGACUUUCUAAACAAAAGGCUGUAUUGUCUUCCUGUACAAUUCCAUUUCCUGGUUCCUGCUUUGCUCAAGGAUCUAUGAGUAAACUAUUCAAGAAAUGGUUUGAAAUACAGGAGUGGGGUUGUCUAAAUUGGAAUGCGGAAUUGCAAUGCAAAGUGUAAGGAAAUGGAUGCCUGCCAGAAAGCCUGACUCCAAAGGAUUUUAUAUAUAUAAUAAACAGUUUCCUGAUGCUGGCAGGCCAAAGAAUCUGUUGAACACUGGAGUUUUUGGAGACCUAUAUUUCUCCACAAGGUAAGACGGUAUGCUAGCAAAUGUGCAUUUUAAUACUUUUUCAGCAGAGGUACUUAAUCUGUAAGUUUAGGGAUCAUUUCAUCUUUUUAGAUGUUAUACUUGAAAUAUUGCACAACUUUUAGCUUUCAUGGGUUUCUUUUUUUUCAGCCUUUAGGAGACUGUUAAGCAAUUUGCUGUCCAACUUUUGUGUUGGUCUUAAACUGCAAUAGUAGCUUACCUUGUAUUGAAGAAAUAAAGACCAUUUUUAUAUU